GCGCGGAGCCGCCGGGGCUGGGGUGGCUGCAGCUCCGCGGCGCCUCGAGGCGGGCUGGCCUCGGAUAAGGCAUGUCCCUGUAGGGGAGCGCAUUGCGGGAAGCUAACAACAAGGACAUCAUCUGGAGGCCAGAGAAACUUACGUUGCAAGUCGUGAUGCUGCCGCUAUGGGAAAUGUUUCUUUACUUGCUUCUUUCAUUUGGCUUCCACUUUUAUUCCUUCUAUGAAGUAUACAAAGUCUCCAGAGAAUAUGAAGAGGAACUUGAACGAGAAUUUGAAUUGGAAAAAGAUACUUUGUUUUGGGGACUUAAAAAGGAUCCCACAGACUUUGAGUGGAGCUUCUGGAUGGAAUGGGGAAAGGAACGUAUAAUAUGGCUUCUGCUUGGCCAUCUAAUGGUAUCACAGAUGUCAAGGCUCUUUAUGGAAAAGUACAAACCCUGGUGUCUUAUGGCAUACGGAAUGGUGGCCUGCUGGUUUCUAUUAGGAAUCAAUGGCUUGACAGUGAUUUUGCUACAUAUAGCCAUUUCAUUUUCCGUGGCUCAGUUUCAGACAGCAGUCCUGACAUGGCUGUGCUCACUACUUUUGUUAACAACUUUGCGCGUACCAGCCGUGGAAGAAGCAAAGAGAGGGUGGUACGACACUGAAAAUGAGUACUACUUGCUGCUCUUCACCCUGACUGUUCGCUGCCUCUACUACACUAGUUUCAGCCUUGAAUACUGCUGGCAUGGGUCUACCCAGAAGAGGUACCACUCAUUUUUUUGGAUGCUGGCGUACAUGUUCUACUAUCCUGUGUUCCACAAUGGACCCAUUAUGACCUUCAAUGAAUUUACUAAGCAGAUGAAGAGACAAGAAGCCUGCAGUUUGAAGAUUAACCUUUGCAUUUUACUGCUGGGCAUAGUUCGCAUUUUCUUUUGGUGGUGGUUGGCAGAGUUGAUGAUUCAUCUCAUGUAUAUCCAUGCCAUAUACAGUAGUUCUUCACAUCUGGAAGCAGCCUCCUACUGGACUUUAGGUGGCCUGGCAUUAGCUCAAGUACUAUUUUUUUAUGUGAAAUACCUGGUUCUCUUUGGUAUUCCUGCUCUUAUUAUUCGAAUGGAUGGACUCAAACCUCCAGCUUUACCUCGCUGUGUGAGCACAAUGCACAGUUUCACUGGAAUGUGGAGAAGUUUUGAUGUUGGACUGCAUCAUUUUCUUAUCAGGUACAUCUACAUCCCAAUGGGAGGAUCCCGUGGCAGUAUGUUUGGGAUGUUGUUUUCCACAGCCAUCACUUUUUCUUUUGUAAGCUAUUGGCACGGGGGCCAUAACUACCUUUGGUUCUGGGCAGCACUUAACUGGCUUGGAGUAAUUGCAGAAAAUGGAGUCAAGAGGCUACUUUCAGUUUCACUUGUUCGAGACUUAAUUGAUCGUUUUUUCUCACCAAAAAUUUGUCGUCGACUUCAUGCUGCCCUAGCAGCUGUUUCCACUUCAGUGUUGAUUUUAUCCAAUCUAGUGUUUCUCGGAGGAAAUCAAGUUGGGAAAAUCUACUGGAACAGGAUCUUUGUGGAAGGCUGGCCAUGGGCAACCCUGUCUGUUCUUGGAUUCCUGUACUGCUACUCUCAUGUUGGAAUUGAAUGGGAUCGCACACACCGGGUAGAUUAGCGCACAGUUAUACAAAGGUAUGCCAUCAUGAGCUGUGAGUUAAGAAGGGAGUGGAACAGGUUUUUGUAAAACCUUUCAUACAGUGAAUGCAGACAUUCUGAUUUCUCUGCCGUGGAUGUACAUGCCAUUCUCUCUGCAGGAAAAUAUGCCACAGCAAAUAUACUUUGCCAAACUAUUUAAAAAUCUGGAAGACAGUUUAAUUUAUAAUUGUUUAUGGACAAAUCACUUGAACUGUAAACACUAAUUUCUUAAAGUAUUUUUGUUGUAUUAGACACUAUUUUUAUAUCAGAAGUAUUUGGAAUUGUAUGUACUUGUUGAAUAUUUUAGUAUAUGUACUUCACAUUCUUGGACCCAUGUCUAUCAGGAAGAGAGAAUUUUUUGUCUUUUUCCUAUUUUUUUCUGGUCUGGAUUAAAUUUAAAUACAUUGCAAACAAAAGAAUGCAACCUGUUCAUCCACUGCACAAUUUGGAAAACCAGAAUUCUACCCAAAUUGCCCUCCAUACAUUAUAUCUCAAAGUAAUACCCAGCUAUUGAAAGUACAGCCUGAAAACAUGUACAAAAGAAUAAAAGAUUUUGCUUUUUUAGCCAUUUCUCUAUCUCAGUGGUCCCCAAACUGUGUGGCGCACAGAGGAACAUUCAGGUAUGUGUGAGGCAGGGCCCAUGCCAGCCCCCAUGGAGGACGGGAAGGGAGUGCCCCCCAGCCCCGCUCUGCCCCCAGCUCAACUCCGGCCCCAACCGCAGUUCCACACCAGCCCCAGACGCAGCUCUGCACCAUCUCAAACCCAGCUCCGGGCCCACCCCAGCUCUGCUCCAUCCCUAGGCCAACUCUGCCUCUAACCCCAGCUCCUCCCGCAUCCCCAGCUCUACCUUCAGCCCAAGCUCCGCUGCUGAGGAAGUCUUGGCUGUUCAGUAAGGGGUGAGGCAUGGACAGAUUCCAUUACUGGUAAGGGGGGGCAUGACAGGAAAAAUUUCGGCAGAGGAUCACUGCAACCACUACCAAAAAGGAAUGCCUUGAAGGUGGGAUUUUUCAAAAGCACCUAACAUCAGCCUAACUAUUGGAGCAGAGUUAAGCCAUUGCUGAGAGCUUUUGAAAAAUCCCAUGCUUAACCCUUUAUAGUUAAUACUAGGUUGAAAACCCAUGUAUCUGUUCUCCAGCCACAUAGAUUGGGAAUCCAUUGAUCUAAUGUAGGAUGUGUAGUAACUUGUAUGCAUAAAUAACAUAUCUUACACUCAGAGAUGGAAAUGACCUAGUAGGUCAUCUAGCCCAUGCUUCAUUCCAGAGCAGUAUUAGUCUGUGUGGUGUAUGUUUUAGUGCUUUGUACUGUCUAGUGUUGCUGUAUAUCCUUUUCUGUUUUAAUAAUAAAACCCCUUCUUUAAGGAAGGUUGAUGAACAUAUGUGACUUGCAG